CCCACGGAGCGCGCAGUUCACACAGCCGCCUCCACCUCCUCCUCCACCUCCAUCGCCUCCUCCUCCUCUACCUCCUCUGCCUCCUCCUCCACCACCGCCUCCUCCUCCCGCUGCGAGAGUCGAACCCCCCCGCCGCCUCCCUCAAGUCUUCUUCACGCGCGCAGCCUCUCACGACGACUACGACUUGCCGCCGCAGCUGCUGCUGCAGCUGUGAUAGUGGUGGUAGUGAUAGUGGUGGUAGCUUAGUUGUGUGGUGGUGGUGGUGGUAGCGCUGUUGUGUGUAGUGGUAGUGCUGUAGAUGUGUUGUUGUGUGUAGUGGUAGUGCUGUAGAUGUGUUGUUGUUGUGUGUAGUGGUAGUGCUGUAGAUGUGUUGUUGUUGUGUGUAGUGGUAGUGCUGUAGAUGUGUUGUUGUUGUGUGUAGUGGUAGUGCUGUAGAUGUGUUGUUGUUGGCAGCUGCUGCUGUAGUUGCGCUACUUCGGCCGCGUUAGCUCCAGGGUCCCCGGCACGGUGGUAGUCACCGCGCUGGCGAUUAUUGACGGCGCCGUGGGGGUUGUAGUAGUGGCGGUGGUCUGAUACGAGACAGAGACAAGAGAGACACAGACGAGAGAGACAAGAGACAGACAAGAGAGAGACAGAGACGGGAGACGCUGAAAGACUUCGCACGGCCGCAGUAGCAGCCACAGGUAGCAACACGCGCGCUACUGUACACACACCACCACUACUACUGUACACACACCACCACCACUACUGUAUGCGACUCUGCGUUAGCUAUUAACAAGUAACGCAGAACACUUUCACAGCAGCAACAUUAACUAUCACACACAGCGAUUAGGACACACACAGACACACACAGACAUUACGGCAUCUAAACCCGUAGAAUGUUGUGUCGGUGAGUUACAACUCUCCACUGUACGCAGAGUAACAAGCAUCGAUAAACUUAACACACCACGCGCCCCGUAACAACACAACAACAACACACACCAACAACACUCCGUAGUAGUAGUAGUUGUUGAGCUGGUACCAGGGCAGGUGCAGGUAGGGUUUGUUAUCGAGAGUUAGGCCGGCAUCUGAGUGUUAUAGAGCAGCGAGUGGUGGUGUCCUAGGGCGGGUGUCGGUGUUUCUUGAGCCGUAGGUGGUGGUCCGCUGCUCUCGGGGUUUGUAGGUUACUGGGCAGCAUGGGUCCACAUCUGCUGCCUUGGCUGCUGCUCCUGCUACUGAGCCUCCACUGCCCUCUGCUGCUCUUCGCCAUGGAGGCCCCAGCUGCUGCUGCUGCCCCAGCUGCUGCUGCUGCUGCUGCCCCAGCCCCAGCUGCUGCUGCUGCCCCCUUGGAGGCUGCCCCAGCUGCUGCUGCUGCCCCAGCUGCUGCUGCUGCCCCAGUUGCUGCUGCUGCUGUCCCAGCUGCCCCAGCUGCUGCUGCCCCAGCUGCUGCUGCUGCUGCUGCCCCCUGCCCCGGGCCGUGCCGCUGCGACAGCGGCGAGCCGGGGGGGCAGCUUCGCCUCGACUGCUCCGGGCUGGGGCUCACGGCCCUGCCCGCGUCAGUGGCGCAAGAUGCCGUCUACCUAGAUCUCAGCAUGAACAAUCUGACCGACAUCCCCGCUGGUGCCUUUCAGCAGCUGAAGUUACUGGAGGAACUGCACCUGGCUGGAAAUGACCUCUCCCACCUGGCAGCUGGGACCUUCCUGGGCUUGGAAAAGCUGCGUGUUCUGAUGCUGCAGAAUAAUCAGCUGAAGAUGUUCCCCACGGAAGCCCUGCGUGACUUGCCCUCUCUCCAGUCGCUGCGCCUGGACGCAAACCACAUCUCGGAGCUGCCGGAGGUGGGGCUGGAGGAGCUGCGCCAGCUGCGCCACCUGUGGCUCGACGACAACGCGCUGACGGCCAUCCCCGUGACACCGCUCAGCCGCCUGCCCUCGCUGCUGGCGCUCACGCUCGCCAUGAACCACAUCACGGCCGUGCCCGAGCGCGCCUUCGCCAACCUCACCAGCCUCGUCGUGCUACACCUUCACAACAACAAGAUUCAGAGCUUGGAUCCACACUGCUUUGAAGGACUGGAUAACCUUGAGACCCUAGAUUUAAACUACAACCUCUUGAAGGAAUUUCCGUCUGCCAUUCAGUCCCUUGGAAACCUCAAGGAGCUCGGAAUUCACAGCAAUAACAUUGAAGUGAUACCUGAAGGUGCCUUUGGAAGCAACCCACUCAUACGUAUUAUACACCUGUACGACAACCCCCUGCGUGUGGUCGGCAGAACGACGUUCCAGCACCUCCCCGAGCUGCAGACCUUAUUUCUCCGUGGUGUGAGCGACAUGAACACCUUCCCGAACUUGACCGGAACCACCAACCUUGAGAGCCUGACACUGACUGGGAGCAGAAUCACCCGUCUUCCCGGUGACAUCUGUCAGGCCUUGGGGCAACUGCGAGUCCUGGAUCUCUCCUACAAUGAGAUAACUGAACUUCCAGAGCUGCACGACUGCAGAGGUCUGGAGGAAAUCUCCUUUCAACACAACAUGCUGGCUGAUAUUACAAACCAAACGUUCUGGGGCCUGUCUUCCCUUCGAAGCCUGGACCUGAGUGAAAACCAGAUCGAGAGCAUUCACAAGACAGCGUUUAAGUCCCUCGCUUCUCUCACUAAACUAGACCUGAGCUCCAACCAGCUGAGUUCCCUCCCUUCCUCGGGGCUCCAGGAGCUCACGGAGCUGAGGGUGGCUGGAAACCAAGCCCUCAUGCUUUUCCCCAUCAAGUCCGAGUUUCCUAAGCUUAGGACUCUGGUGGCCGCCUACGCGUACCAGUGCUGUGCGUUCGCCGACUGCGCGGACGAGAGCCAGGACUGGAUCGGCAAUGCCGGCAACAUCCAGAAGCGCGAAGCCGGCAGCCAGACGGAGGCUGCAGAUCCAGAAGUUGAUGAGAACGAAGAUUCUGAUGUCCACCCGAGCGUUCAUUGUACCCCAGAGCCUGGCGCCUUCAAGCCCUGCUCCAGCCUCAUCGGGAACUGGCUGCUCCGCCUGGGCGUCUGGCUCAUUUUCCUGCUCGCCGUCGGCGCCAACUCCAUCGUGGCCGUCACCACGUUCUGCUCACCGGGCCACCUGUCAGCGCCACGCCUUCUCAUCGGCUGCCUGGCCAUCGCCAACCUCCUGCUGGGCCUGCACUCGGGCGCCGUGGCCCUGACGGACGCCGCCACCCUCGGCUCGUUCGGUCAGCACGGCGCGGCCUGGGAGGCCGGCGGCGGCUGCCGAGCGGCGGGCUUCCUCGCCGUCUUCGGCCUGGAGGCGGGCGUGCUGGUGCUGGCGCUGCUGUCGGCCGAGCGCUGCGCCUUCGUGCGCCGUCCGGCCGAGCGCUGCGUGCAGCAGACGCUCCUGCGCGGCGCGGCGGGCAAGCCGGCUCGCCGGGCCGGCGCCCGCGUCGCCGUGGCCGUCGCGGCGGCGGUCGCGGCCGUCGCCGCUUCCCUGCCCCUCCUGGGCGUGGGCGGCUACGGCGCGUCGCCGCUCUGCCUGCCCUUCCCCGGCGGGCGCGCGGCAACGCCGCUCGCCUACACCGCCUCGCUCGUGCUGCUCAACUCGCUGCUCUUCCUCGCCAUGACGGUGGGCUACACGCGCCUCUACUGCCGGGCACGGCGCGAGGACCUCUCCGACACGCAGGAGAGCGCCACCACGCGGCACGCCGCCUGGCUCAUCUUCGCCAACUGCCUGCUCUACUGCCCCGUGGCGUUCGUCAGCUUCGCCAGCGUGCUGGUCCUCGGCGCGCCCGCCAGCCCGCAGGCCGUCAAGUCCGUGCUGCUGCUGCUGCUGCCGCUGCCCGCGUGCCUCAACCCGCUGCUGUACGCGCUCUUCCACCCGCGCUUCAAGCACGACGUGCUGGCGCUCGAGGAGCGCGCGAAGCAGCGGGUGCGCGCCUCCCGCCUCGCCCGCGCCUCCCGCCUCGCCCGCCGCUCGUCGUCCGGCGCGGGCUCCGCGUGCGACGACGGGGACGGCGGCGACCGCGGCGUCGGCGCGGGCGCGGGGCUGGGCGACGACGACGACGGAGCCGCGGGCGACGAGCCGCGCAGCCCCAUGCUGCCGCCGCCGUCGGCGGAGCGCGGCGCCCGCACCGCCUUGAUGCUGGCGGAGAGGGGCCGGUCGACGGGGGUCACGGCGGCCGGAGCGGGGGUGGCCGUGCUGGGCUGCGGUGGAGAGGGCGGCGCGGCGGCGCCGGGCGGCGGCGGCUGCACGGACGCGGGCCACGCACACAGGCACAGCGACUGCCCCAGCGAGGACGACUCGUUUGUGUCGGACAACUCGGAUCAGCUGCAGGAGUGCUCGCGCUCCUGCUUCAGCCAGGGCCGAGGGCUGCCCCUCGUGUCGCAGUUGUAAGACGCGCGCCCGCCAGGAUUUCAUCCGUUGUUUUAUAUGUAAUUUAGUGCGCGCGCGCGUGUUUGUGUGCAGGUCUCUGCUUUCUGCAGGUAAAGAGAUUCUCAAAGCUUUGUUUCUUCCAUAGCAGUUAAUACAUUAUUGUAUCCGAGGUAUAGUCAGAGUCGUCUUUCCACUCUCUGCAUUUAUACCUCAACAGUGAAAAGAAAUGGAAUUCUGUCGAACGUUGCUACGAACGGUGCCCUUCAGCAUUGCGUGUCGCUAAUGAACACAAGAGAAACAGCCACUCUGACAUCUCUUGGACCACCCAUGACUUUUCACCAUUAAUGACUGUGGGUUUCUACUCAACGCAUUGAUUCAGUCCCCGCUGUAAUACACUUGGUUGGAUGAGCAGUUAAUUGGACAAAAAUGAACCUUGAACCGUUGCGGCGGUUACACAUCCAUCGGCUGAGGUGCAUGCCUAGCAAGUGGCAAAUUCCUCUCAUUUAACGUUUAAUAAAAACUGACAAAAGCCAGUAAUUUCACGUGAACAUUUCACAACCCCUCCCGAAUGCUGCUUGUGCCUCGCUUGACUUCAUGCCUGCCUUGAGAAGAAGGACGACCCAUUUGUGAAUUAUCCUAACAGUGUCAUAAAACCAAGGGUUCCUUAUUUUCCACGUUGUCCUAUUCCCACGUCGUUGGGGUUUAAGCCGUCUCUCGAAUCUAUUUAUUUCUCCUCCGUUUUCCCCACCGUCGUGUAAAUUGCCCAACAGAAGUCGCCGUUCACCCCCCCCCCCCCCCCCCACGUCGAGCAUUGCGCGCCGCGUCAUCUUCGCAAGAGUUGGCGGCGCCGCGUGUCGACCGCCUCGCUUAAAAUGUCGACCGUUUUCUCUUUUUUCUUGCGUCAGCGAGUCGCAUUAAUAUUGCUAUUAUGUGUGUAAACUAAAAACAUUCUCGCGUACUCUACGGUUAAUUUAAUGGAAUCACACAAUCAAAGUUACCACGAUGCUUAAAGGAAACGUUAAUUCAAGAAAGUGAGGUUUCUUCAGCCAAACCAUCUGAUGCACAGUGAGCGUUUUGGGGUAAAACAAUAUAUACCUACCAAUAUAGAAAAUGACCUUUUUAACAAGGAGUAAUUUCCAGCUGAGUAUAUUCAAUGUGGGUAAAAUUUGUUGGUUUUGUUAUUGCUGUCUACAUUAGGAGCAUUUUGAUGAACAUAGACAUGGUUUUUCUUUUCUCAAAUUGCUAAAUCUUUACAGAGCUCUGUAGUUAAUAGUGUAUUCACAUGAUUCUCUUAACAGGAAAUUUUUAAGGGUCUUACCCAAAAAUGUAAAGCGUGUGUGGAAUUCACACAAUGUUUUUUUUGGCUGUGAAAUUGUUGCUUUUUUUUUUUCAACAGUGAGCUAUUUUAUAUUGCAAAUGGAACACACAUUUUUUAAAUAAAAAAAUAUUAUCUGUAGAAUAACAAAAAAUAGUUUAAAGGGAAGGACACAUUGUUGUUUUAUAGCAAAGGUAACAUAUAUCUGAAAUAUUAACACAUGCAAUUAGUUUGCAUUGGCGUUUGAGUGAAAUACGUGAAGUCCCUUGAAAGAUCUUUAGCGGCAAAAACGUAAAGGGGGACUGCGUUCAAUUUUCUCUAAAAAAAAACGCUGCACGUUCAGUUCUCAUACCGGCUACAAGUCGCUUCAUAUCAACAGUUGUCAUUCAAUUGUGUGCUCACUUUAAGUUCGAGAACCCACUGGUGAUUUUCCAACACAAAUUAAGGUCACGUCAACAACCUGUAGAUGUACGGUCUUUGCAUCGGUUAAUUUUGAUUCUUAAUCUGCAUGAUCCAUAAAAUAUAAAUGGCAGAAUUUGUGUUCCAAUUAGUGUACUCUGUAAAGUCACGUGACUCCUGCAGCCACUCGCGGCUGCUUGCGUUCACCACUGUUUAAAUUAACAACAACAAGAGAUUGAGUCCGAUCGCGACCCUGAAUCGCGACCAUUGGGGCUAAGCAUUACACCGCAGAGAUGGAUAUAGGCAAUGUAGAUGUCGCAGAACACACACACACACAAUAUAUAAUAGUAAUAACCAUGUGGGAUGCUUGGCUGUCUUAAGGUUUGUAAAUGGAAGACAUGAUGUGCAGCAUCAUGCCACCUAAUAAACUCGUAUCGUGUACUGUAUUUUUAUAGACAACACUUGUAUAGCACUUUUGUGUGUGUUUGACCGUAUGCUACACCUAAUACCCAUUUAUUUUAUACUCGGUUUUGUUGAUAAGUUGAAAAUUUGUUAAUUUAUGUUGUUUACAGACCAUAAUUAAGCUUUGGAUGUGAAAUUAUCGUGUUUUUGAAUUGAGAUGUGUGUGUAUAUAAUCCCUGUCUCGUUUUCAUUGCUUAAGCCCAACUUGUGUGCAGAAACUUGCCCAACCCGUACUGGACGGGUUGGGCAAGUCUCCGUUAGCAACACCAGCCGUUGAAUGAUGGUAAAUGAAAAUGAUUAUGUAAGGUUGCUGUUUGACCAAGUGUCAUCCUGUCAGUUUUUGCUCAUCAACCCUCAUAUAGUCGCCAUUCCUUGAUGCUGAAUAGUUCUCGCGGAUAGUUAAAGAUGUAUAAAGGGGCGUUUAUCAGUAUAAUCUUCUUCUCGUGGCCUGGCCACCAGUCAAAUAUGUAUCCAGUAUGGGGCACGUGAUGAUGAUGAUGAUGAUCUGGCCCAGUCUCUGUCGCCCUUGUGAGGUCCUCCGCGGUGCGCCGCUCCUCCAGGAGCUUACGGAGCAAGAGAUGCUUCCCCGGUCUGCCUCUCUGUCUCCACAGCAGCACGUGGUGUCAUUGUUGCUGGAGUAGUAUCACUUUUGCACGUUAACCCUUGAGCUGCCAAGUCCUUCGCAGUGUUCAUCAGUGCAAGGCCUGCGAGCCACUCUCGGCCCCUGGUGGCCUUGAGUGCCGCUCCUGACGUGCGGCCCCCGACAAUACACAACGAGUGAAAACACCCCAUUUGUGCUGUCAAACCCAAUGGUGUCAAAUGUGUGGCCGCCCUUAUACUGAUGUCUUAUCGGCAAAAGUGCUCCCCCCUGAUAAUUAAUUAGUGAAGAACACUGACCUCAACAUUCAGUUUGACCGAUCUUGCUCCGCACCAGCAGCGGGGGGACCGUGUAUGCGUUCAGUGUCAUGCACGGGAAAAAAAAGACUCCGCGUGCUCCAGCACACAGUAGGUUUUCGAUUUGUCAGCAUUUUUGGUAACGGUAUUAGUUGGGAGAAUGCACUACAAUCACAAUUUACAAAAAAACUAUUUUGAAUGAUGUAGACAAACAAGAUGCACGUAGAAAUCUGAUAACUGGUGGUGUUAUCAGUUGUGAUGGUGAAAGACUUGUUGGGCAAAACUGACUGACCUUGCAUAAUAUUUCAUUGCAUAUUACGUACAAUAUGUGCACAAAUCAUGUGAACAUUCUACCUGCUUUUUACUAGACGUUUGUCGUGUUGUUGUAUUUUCUCCUUACUCUGCAUUGUGUAUUGAUAUCAAGCCAGGCUGGAUCACCAUCUCCUGAAUUCAAACCAAGUCUAUUUGUUGACAUAAGCCACAUACGGCAAGCCAAAAGUGUAAUAAUCUAGUUUAUUAGACAAACAGUACAUUCAUAUAAAGUAUGUCCUUAAAUCAAAAGGCCCUCUUAGAAUUAUUGGUUGCAGUGAAAUGAAAAUUAAAAAUGCAUUACGAAAUGUGGUCGUAAACAGUUGUGGAGCUACUCGCAUUUGUGAAUGAAAUAGGUUUGCUAGUAAAUUGUAGAAAAGUCCAAUCAAAUUGUUUAUGUUAUCGAGAAUCAAAGUCGUUCAAUGACCAGUUUUAGGAUAGCUAAAUACGUAUAAGUAACUUUGAAAGCUCCUUCUGUAUUGACUCCCAACACACAAAUCUCAAUCGGGGGAAGCUCCCCCAUUAAAUCAACAAAUUCCAUGGCAUUGACCUAACAUGAACGUAGUCAUGAUUAUUAACGUAAAUAAACACGACGCAAUCGUGUGUUUUUAAAAAAAUGUACACAAACUCAACUAUGUCCUUCCAAUAAUUUACAUUAGGGUUGUUACCAUACAUCGAAUUGAGAUUCCCAAGGCUCACGAUAACAUGCGCAGUCGUAUUCCGCAUGUGCAAAGCCGUGUUUUUCUUUUUAAGCAAAUUGUAUACAAAUAAAAAUUGGACCAUGUGGUGAAUCUGUACACCCCUAAUGUAUAAACCAUUUCCAGCAUGUUGGAACAAAGUGCUCUGUUCCCGGAUUUUAAACCAGUGGUCAUCCCCACAAAUUGUUCAGCGCCUUGUUUGGACACUGUCAACGUUCUUUGUACCGCUUUUCCAUAGGUUUGUAAAUAUGUACAGAAUCGUUUAGAGUAUUUAUUGCAAGCACUCAGGCACAAGUGUAAUCUUCUUCUCUUGUCUCUGGGAGUGACAUCGGAUGUUAAAACUACCUCUCGUUCUGCUGCUUUGGGUCUUUAAAAAGAAAACGCCUGGUUUCAUGUGCUGGAGGCUUUAGCUCCUAUACUUUGUGGAUUUUAGUUUAACUCAUGCCUCUCAU